GUCCGCCCGCUGUCAUCAGGUAAUUACCUACUCAACUCGCAAAACAACCAACGGAAGACAAACCGACCAUUAAGCCGCGAUGAACACAGAGAUCUGGACCAACUGAUAUCGCUGCGGUCUCUACAUUUCCGAGUAUUUCUAGAAGAAUAGCUUCUUACCUGCCGAAACGACCACCUGUCAUUUACUAGGCGUCAUCUCAGAGAGGUCUAACUGCCGUCGAGCAAACGGCUUACUCGGCCCACAAGUGGCCACCCUACGGCACUCCCGACCUCUCCUCCGACAACGGAUCCAUUCCUCUUUUCACCGUGCACCUACUAAGAGACGGAAUUCGAAACUUCACUGAGGACGAAAGAUACUCGAGUUGAGCAUAACUAGGGACGACGCAGCGCAAUGGCAAACCCAGACGCGAGCCAGCAAAUAUCCCUCCCUUACCUUUUCGUCAUCGUUGUCCUGGCGGGCGCCAUUCUCCGGUUCCUCUUCUUCUCUAGCAACCCGGCUCCUCCGCCGCGGACCAACCCGCUCCAUGUCCUCCGCAACCGUGAUGCUGCCGUCGAGCGCAUCCAGCAGAUGUUUCCGCAGGUCGACCGGCGGACCAUCUUGUGGGACCUCCAGAGGAACGGCGGUAGCGUUCAGGCGACUACGGAAAGAAUCCUAGCUGGGCGUUUGGAGACGCCUCCGAUCACGUUCCAGCCGCCACCUCCCAUCGGCGGGAACAACGGCCGCGCCGCGCCGACGUCGGCCCCGGCACCGAAACAGCCCGAGAAACCGUCCCGGCCCGACCUGAUCACGCGGUACAGACUGCACGAUAAGCUACAGGGCGUCGACGCGUCGGCGGAUGACGACCGAACGGGCAAAGGAUGGAGCGCCGACCGGGACGAGAGGCAGGCAGCCCUGAAGAGGAGGCGGGACGAGAUGAUUCUACAGGCGAGAAAGAAGAUGGAGGCUAAGAUUGCAGCCGAGAAGGCAGGGGCAGCGGGGAAGGCAAUCUGAGAGACAUGCGCAGAUUGGUCUUGAUCAUGCAGCGAUUUCACCAGCAAUAGCAGUGUGCAAAAAGUCACAUUUUUACGUGGGGGACAGCGAAAUGGGGGAAGCGAAGGGCAGGAUGGGGUGAGUUUCCUGCAGCAUGCGGCUGGCUGGCUGGAACUAGCGAGACACGUGAGAAUGGCCGCAGUGGUAUCGGCGCAGCACAGGAUUGGAGGUUGAAUAAUUGUCUAGACUAUUGUGGGCAGCGCGCGCAGCUAAACAUGAUUUUCUCCUUCGGCUUUUGAAGUCCGAGGCCUGGA